UCCAUAUUUAGGUUACGUCAAGAAAAUCAGCUGAAGCAGGGUAGCCAUAAUCAUAAAACUCCGAAAUUUAAACGCAGUCGCUGAUUGCAAACGCUGCUUUUUGAGUUGUAAAGCUGUUUUACGUGUAAAACUAUAAAUAAUAUGGCGAACGAAGAACUUCCAAAAGGAUGGGAAAAGAGACUCAGCAGAUCUACUGGCCAACAUUAUUAUUUUAAUACUUAUACAAGGGAAAGUCAAUGGGAUGUUCCAACCAAGGCAGCACAACCCUCUUGUGAUAAUGAUGAGCCUGAAACAAUCGAGUGCUCCCACAUCCUUGUCAAGCAUGCAGGAUCACGACGGCCGUCUUCCUGGAGAGAAGAAAAUAUCACACGGACUAAAGAAGAAGCUCUUGAGUUGAUUAAAUCUUAUCGAGAACAAAUAGUAUCCGGGAAGGCAACAUUUUCUGAAAUCGCUACAAAGUAUAGCGAUUGUAGUUCUGCAAAACGUGGUGGAGAUUUAGGGCCUUUUCGCAGAGGAACUAUGCAAAUUCCAUUCGAACAGGCAGCUUUUGCUUUGAAAGUAGGCGAAUUGUCUUCUCCAGUAGAUACAGAUAGUGGCAUUCACAUAAUUGAAAGAACUGAAUAAAGCAACAAUGAAUUAUUAUUCAUCUAUUAAUCAAUUUUACGAACCAAGGGUUCCAAAUAAUGUAAAGCAUUUUUUUUAUACAAUUCUUCAUUGAUAUUUUUUCUCUUGAAUGUUUAAUCUAUGAUACUCAUAGCAAAAUUGAUUAAAUCUUGAUCGCAAAAUAAAUUAUUACCCCAGUCUAAUUAUAUAAUUGUCAAUCAACAAGUAAGAUUUGGAGUUUUUAAGCUAAAUAAAUAAAAUCGUUGUAUUUUACUGUUCUACACUGCUGUAACCAAUGCUGGACAUGAUCCAUACACUAUUUGAAGUGUUGAUAUUCGGAUCUUUGAAUCUUCCUCAUCACAUGAUAAAGAUGAACAAAUUGGUUUGCACGAAA